UGGAAAUUUGACUUCCUGAAUCAAUGCAGAACGGGAUCUUUGCAUGUUAAUCCUAUCAUUGCAUUUGCAUUAGAAUUUCGGAAGCAUAGAAUCUUACAUUUUCAUUUUUGGAGUUCAGACUUUGAAAAUGACUGAAGCUGUUGUUGAAUUAGUGCUUGGAAAUUUGAGUUCUCUUGUUGGAAAGGAGUUGGCACUUUUCCUGGGUUUUCAUGAUGACUUAGAAAGACUUGCCAGUUUACUCAAUAUGAUCAAGGCAACUCUUGAAGAUGCUGAGCACAAACAAUUCUCAGACGGAGCUAUACAAAUUUGGCUUCAAAACCUGAAAUACGCAGCUCUCACUUUGGAUGACAUUAUUGACGAGUAUGGCUAUGAAGUUCUGGGGAUGGAGUUCCAAACACUAAGGAAUGUAUCAAAUAAGGUACAAAAUUUUGGUUCAUCAUCCUCUUUUCAUCCCAAACAUGUUUUUUCUCGUUACAAAAUUGCCAAAAAAAUGAAGAGGAUAAGUGAGAGGUUAGAAGAAAUUGCUGAGGAAAGGGCUAAGUUUCAUUUGACUGAGAUGGUUUCUGAGAGAAGAAGUGGAAUCAGUGAGUGGCGCCAAACCACCUCGUUUGUCUCUGAACCACAGCUGUAUGGAAGAGAAGAAGAGAAGGAUCAAAUUAUAAACCUUUUGGUUGGUGUUGCUUCUCGUUCUGAGAAUUUAUCUGUGUAUCCGAUCUUGGGUCUAGGUGGACUAGGAAAAACAACACUUGCUCAACUCAUUUUCAAUCAUGAGAAGGUGGUCAACCACUUUGAGCUAAGAAUUUGGGUUUGUGUUUCUGAUGAUUUCAGUUUGAAGAGGAUAACAAAGGCUGUCAUUGAAGCAGUUACCCAGCGUAGCUGUGACGAUUUGGAUCCAGAACCACUCCAAAGAAUGCUUCGAGAUCUUCUUCGAAGUAAAAGAUAUUUACUUAUUUUAGAUGAUGUGUGGGAUGAUAAGCAAGAGAAUUGGCAGAAGUUGAAAUCUGUUUUAGCUUGUGGGACAAUGGGUACUUCCAUUCUGAUCACCACUCGUCUUUCAAAAUCAUGGGAACAAUACCUCCUAGCAGCUAAACUUAGCACAAUUUUUAACUAUCAACUGUCAGAGUUAUCAGAUAGUUAUUGCUGGGAAUUGUUUAGGAGUCGAGCCUUUGGAGCAAAUGAGGUUGAACCUGAAGAGCUAGUGUUUAUAGGGAAAGAGAUAGUAAAGAAAUGCAGGGGAGUGCCUCUUGCAGCAAAAGCACUAGGAGGUCUUUUACGCUUCAAAAGAGAGGAAAAGGAGUGGCUCAACGUUAAGGAGAACAACCUGUGGAGUUUACCACAAGAUGAAGACUCUAUAAUGCCUACCUUGAGAUUAAGUUACUUGAACUUGCCCAUAAAACUCAGACCAUGUUUUGCUUAUUGUGCUAUAUUUCCCAAAGAUAAAAUAAUAGAAAAGCAAUAUCUGAUUGAACUGUGGAUGGCUAAUGGGUUUAUUUCAUCCAGUGAAAUACUAGAGGCUGAAGAUGUCGGUGAAGGUGUGUGGAAUGAAUUUUACUGGAGAUCAUUUUUUCAGGAUAUUGAGACAGAUGAGUAUGGCAAAGUUAAAAGUUUCAAGAUACAUGAUCUUGUCCAUGAUCUUGCACAAUUUGUUGCAACAAAUCUUUUUUUUUGUAGUGUUUGCUGCGUUUCAAAAGACAAUCAUAUAGCUACUUUGUCUGAAAGAAUCCACCAUCUCUCAAUUUAUGGAAACGAUUCAAUCCAGUUACAUCAACUCAAUUGUUUGAGGACCUACAUAAGCCCGCAACUAUCCCACCAACGUUUUCAUGAUGUAUUGAAAUGUCAUUCUUUGCGGGCUCUUUACUGCGAACUGUGGAAAUCAUUGUUCCCAUCUUCAAUUGGUCAUUUAAAACACCUAAGGUAUCUAAAUCUUUCUGAGGGAACCUUCAAAACUCUUCCAAAAUCAGUAUGUAAAUUAUGGAAUUUGCAGAUAUUGAAAUUAGACAAUUGUAGACAUCUCAAAAAGUUGCCUCACAAUUUGGUACUCUUAAAAGGUCUACAACAACUAUCUUUGAAAGGUUGCUUAUUCUUGUCAAGCUUGCCUCCUCAUGUAGGGAACUUGACAUCCUUAAGGAUUUUAAGCAUGUACAUUGUUGGCAAGGAAAGAGGGUCACUUUUGGCAGAAUUGGGACCACUGAAGCUGAAAGGAGACCUUGAAAUCAAGUAUAUGGGUAAAGUGAAAAGUGUAAAGGAUGCCGAAGAAGCUAAUAUGUCUAGUAAGCAAUUAAAUACGUUGCGGUUAUCAUGGCACAGGUUAUUUUGGGACUGGAUCUCAAAGGAUAUGUUAUCAAUGGACAGAUACGACAAAGACUUGGAAGUACAAGAAAAUGUCGAGGAGAUUCUUGAAGUGCUUCAACCUGAUCCCAAACAACUUGAGAGUAUGACGGUGUUAGGAUAUAAAGGUGCUUAUUUCCCACAAUGGAUGUCCAGUUCUUCUCUCCAUCUCUUAAAUUUUAUAGAGUUGACGGACUGUCGAAACUGUGUGAAACUUCCACAGCUGGGAAAACUGCAUUCUCUAAAGACUAUUCGCUUGUGUAACAUUAGUAAUGUAAAAUAUCUAUACGAGGAGUCUUGUGAUGGUGGGGUAGUUUUCAUGUCUUUAGAAAUUUUGUCACUAAGGUAUCUGCCAAACCUGACAAGGUUAUCAAGGGAGGGCGGAGAAACCAUGUUCCCACACCUUUCCACACUUGAAAUCAUUGAAUGUCCUAAAUUAUUGCUUACCAGCGAUGAAACACAGAUACGGACACGGAUACGCCGCUAUGAAUUAUAG